AAGCAACUUACAGUAAUAGAGAAUCAGCAAUGCGUAAUUAGUGUGUGUGCUAAAGCUUCUAGACAACAUAUGAGAAAGGUUACAGACUGGAUCUUGGGAAGUGCUCAAGACAAUCAAACCUUACCAGCAUAUUUGAAAGUCAAUGAUAUAGUUUGUCAAUGGUGUUAUAAUAGAAUCAUUAUUCACUCUUCAGUUGUGAUGAAAGAGUAUGCAAAGGCAAUUUAUAGUGUUCGAUCUAAAUGUUUAAACCAACUUGGUCAAAAAUGCCCGCCUUGUUUGGAAUUCUUGAAAAACGGAAUACAAAUUAACAUUCAAGAAAGUAGUAGCACUGGACAGGUUGACGAAGAUGAUGAACCUAUUGUUGUUAAUAGUAUUAAUAAU